AUUCUAUCUCCUGUGCCACCUAGCAGACCUUUCCAUGGCUACUCUCUGAAGAGCUCCCUCUAUUCUAGAGAGCUGGCUACAGGUGGGGAUAGCUUAGAGAAUGUCAUUUUCCUGCUCAGACUGCAGUGCUGCAUGUGCAUGAUACUGAAUGUGGCCUUGAUGCCGCUCUGGCUUUUGGACAACCUCCAGCCAACAGCCAACUUAGGCCCAGGCUCCAUGAGGCUUCCAUCAGUCUGUACAAGAAAUGCUCAUAAUUCCACCCAACUCCAUCCUGCCCCAUUGGUCUGCUCUCAUGAUUAAUUUCUUUACCUCUCUCAACAAUAAGCCUCCUAGUCUUUCAUGAAUUCGUUAGCUUGAUUGAUGGUGGUAGUAUCUUCUCGGUCUCCUGACAAUUAUUCUUCCUUUGCUUUUGUAAGUAUAAACUUUUUUAUUCUCUUCUGUACACUGGAAACUAUCAGUUGACUGAUUUCCCCUUUUUCUUUUCCUUGUUUAACUGUGUAUAUUCCUAUGGAAUCUGAAAAUAUUAAUGUUGUGAGGUAUCUUAGAGAUCAUCUAGCUUUUUUCCCUCUGUUUUUGGUCAUUUUACUGGUUUCUCUUAUGUUUACCUUUAUUAGAAAUGAUUUCUGCCUUGGAGAUUACCUUAUCUAUAAGUUGUCAAGCUGCAGCAGGGGUUUGAGCUUCUUAUCUGAACUCAAGUUUUCCUUGUCCAUAAUUGCCAUUAUUCAUGCAACACCUACUGAAUGCAUGGUUAUUUUAAAUUCAACAUGUCUUUGCUACUUUCCUUUCCCUCUAACAAAACCAGCUUCCCUUUCAGCAACCUUCUUUAUAUCAAUGGCACCACUAUUUCCCCAAACUCCUUUGACUCCUUGCUCUCUUGUGCUUUCUUUCCCCUAGUUCAUGAAUCACUGGCACCUACUUCAUUUUUUCCUGCUUCUGAGGAGAUUGGAUAUUUCCCUGGAGACAAGAUACCCAUUAAAAACUUUUGAGAAAGGAAUGGUACAAUAACUCACAUAUGUAAUACUUUUAAGGUUGGAAGCACUUUUCUUUUAGCCUUAAGGUCUUCAGAGUGCUCCAUUUUAAUUUUCAGUGCUGACCUUCCUUCUCCCUUAAGUUAUUAUAAACUUUUUUUGCUGCUGUGUAUACACGUGAAGAUGUCUCGCAGUCCUGAUGCAAAGGAAGACCCUGUGGAAUGCCCCCUUUGCAUGGAGCCCUUAGAGAUCGAUGAUAUCAACUUUUUCCCUUGCACUUGUGGCUACCAAAUUUGCCGCUUCUGUUGGCAUCGUAUUCGCACUGAUGAGAAUGGACUUUGUCCUGCUUGCAGAAAGCCAUAUCCAGAAGACCCAGCAGUGUAUAAACCACUCUCCCAGGAAGAACUGCAAAGGAUAAAGAAUGAGAAAAAACAGAAGCAGAAUGAAAGGAAACAGAAGAUAUCAGAGAACCGUAAACACUUGGCAAGUGUACGUGUGGUACAAAAGAACCUCGUUUUUGUGGUAGGACUCUCCCAGCGUUUAGCAGACCCAGAGGUUUUAAAACGACCAGAAUAUUUUGGGAAGUUUGGUAAAAUACAUAAAGUUGUCAUCAAUAAUAGUACAUCAUAUGCAGGCUCACAGGGUCCAAGUGCCAGUGCUUAUGUCACCUAUAUCCGGUCAGAAGAUGCUCUCAGAGCCAUACAGUGUGUCAACAACGUAGUAGUAGAUGGCAGAACACUUAAGGCUUCUCUAGGUACAACAAAAUACUGCAGUUACUUCCUAAAGAAUAUGCAGUGUCCAAAACCGGACUGUAUGUAUCUACAUGAAUUGGGGGAUGAAGCAGCUAGCUUCACAAAAGAGGAAAUGCAGGCGGGUAAACACCAAGAGUAUGAACAGAAGCUACUUCAAGAAUUAUAUAAAUUAAACCCCAAUUUUCUUCAGUUAUCUACGGGUUCCGUUGACAAGAAUAAGAACAAAGUGACGCCACUGCAGAGCCCCAUUGACAAACCUUCAGAUUCCCUCAGUAUAGGGAAUGGUGAAAAUUCCCAACAGAUAUCUAACAGUGAUACACCAUCACCACCUCCUGGUUUAUCAAAACCUAAUCCAGUCAUCCCCAUCAGUUCAUCUAAUCACAGUGCAAGGUCCCCUUUUGAAGGGGCAGUAACAGAGUCACAGUCACUAUUCUCGGACAACUUCCGGCACCCUAACCCUAUCCCUAGUGGGUUACCCCCAUUCCCCAGUUCCCCACAGACUUCCAAUGACUGGCCAACAGCACCAGAACCACAGAGCCUCUUCACAUCAGAAACAAUCCCAGUGUCAUCCUCUACAGACUGGCAAGCAGCAUUUGGCUUUGGUUCCUCUAAACAGCAAGAGGAUGACUUGGGGUUUGACCCCUUUGACAUCACUCGCAAAGCCUUAGCAGACCUGAUUGAGAAGGAACUGUCAGUCCAAGAUCAACCUUCCCUUUCGCCCACAUCUCUUCAGAACCCUUCCUCACACACUACAACCGCCAAAGGGCCAGGCCCUGGAUUUCUGCAUCCUGCCGCACCCACAAAUGCCAACUCUCUCAGUAGCACCUUUUCAGUCUUGCCACAGAGGUUCCCUCAGUUUCAGCAACACCGGGCGGUUUAUAAUUCAUUCAGUUUUCCAGGCCAGGCAGCCCGCUAUCCUUGGAUGGCCUUUCCACGAAAUAGCAUCAUGCACUUGAACCACACAGCAAAUCCCACCUCAAAUAGUAAUUUCUUGGACUUGAAUCUCCCGCCACAGCACAGCACAGGUCUGGGAGGGAUCCCUAUAGCAGACAACAACAGUUCUGUAGAGAGUUUAAAUAUGAAGGAAUGGCAGGACGGGCUAAGGGCACUUCUACCCAACAUUAACAUCAACUUUGGUGGACUGCCCAAUGCUUCUUCCCCCUCCAACGCCAACCACAGUGCACCAACGUCCAACACUGCCCCCACGGACAGCCUGAAUUGGGACAGCCCUGGCAGCUGGAUGGACCCCGCCAUCAUCACAGGUAUCCCAGCAUCAACAGGAAAUAAUUUAGACUCUCUUCAAGAUGACAAUCCUCCACACUGGCUAAAAUCCCUUCAGGCCCUCACAGAGAUGGACGGCCCCAGUGCUGCUCCGUCACAAACCCAUCACAGUAACCCCUUCAGCACACAGAUCCCUCUGCACAGAGCCAGCUGGAAUCCUUAUUCUCCCCCUUCAAAUCCCACCAGUUUCCAUUCCCCACCCCCAGGCUUUCAGACCGCCUUCAGACCACCCAGCAAAACCCCGACAGAUUUACUACAGAGUUCUGCACUGGACCGCCAUUAGAGAAGGAGAAAAAAACCAUUAGAAAUGCAGGAAUUGCCCCGCCCUGUCUCCUCCCUCUCAACUUACCCACAGUACCCUUCUCAUAACUUUCUUUCUGAAGAAUCCAGUUCCUGAUCAACUCUUUUUUCCCUUUCUUCCCACCCCCAGAUGCAAUGCGAUCACAGGGUCAUUACCUUUUUUUUUUUUUUUUUUUUUUUUUUCUUUUAAACCAGAAGAGUUUUUGCUGAUCCAGUGUUCAACCAACACUGUUGAUUAUUUCCUAAAAUGCCUUUUAAGGAGGAGAAAGAGAGAAAGUCAGAGAGAGCGAGUGUGUGUGUGUGUGUGUGUGUG